GCGGCGCCCCACUUCCGGCGCGGGCCGCAGCGGAGAGAAGAUGGCGGCGCUGGGCGAGCCGGUGCGGCUGGAGCGAGACAUCUGCAGAGCAAUUGAGUUGCUGGAAAAAUUACAAAGAAGUGGAGAAGUGCCACCACAAAAGCUACAGGCAUUGCAAAGGGUCCUUCAAAGUGAGUUCUGUAAUGCUGUACGGGAGGUGUAUGAACAUGUAUAUGAAACCGUGGAUAUCAGCAGUAGCCCAGAAGUUAGAGCUAAUGCAACUGCAAAGGCAACUGUGGCUGCGUUUGCUGCUAGUGAAGGUCAUUCCCAUCCCAGAGUGGUUGAACUACCCAAAACUGAAGAAGGUCUUGGAUUCAACAUUAUGGGAGGCAAAGAACAAAAUUCUCCAAUCUAUAUCUCUCGAAUUAUCCCCGGCGGCAUAGCUGAUAGACAUGGAGGCCUGAAACGUGGGGACCAGCUGCUUUCUGUAAACGGAGUGAGUGUCGAAGGUGAACACCAUGAAAAAGCAGUAGAACUGCUGAAGGCAGCUCAAGGAAAGGUUAAAUUAGUCGUGCGAUACACACCAAAGGUCCUGGAAGAGAUGGAGUCAAGAUUUGAAAAAAUGAGAUCGGCAAAACGCAGGCAGCAAAAUUAACAUUGUACGCAAUAACUGCAAAUAUAUUCUAUUGACAUGUUCUAGUUUGCUUUGUGACUCAGUUGAUCCAAUGCCUGGGCUACAAAUGACCCUGUCCUUUGCAUAGAAUCACAGAAUGAUUGGAGGGACUCCUGGAGAUCAUUUAGUCCAGCCCUACGAAGAUGAGGGUUAGCUAGAGCAGGUUGCUCAGGACUAGGACAAGCUGAGUUUUCAAACAUCUCCAAGGAUGGAGACUCCAGAAAAUCUCUGGACAACCUGUUCUAGUGUUUUGAUCUCCCUCACGCUAUGAAGGUCCACUCUUUUAAUGGAGCUUCCUGUGUUUCCAUUUGUGCCCACUGCCUCUUGUCCAGUGACUGGAUGCCAUUGAGAAGAGUCUGACUCUUUUUUAUUUUAAGUCCACCCUAUCAGGCAUUUUUAUACAUGCUAUUAAGAUUAUCCCUGAGCCUUCUCUUCUCCAGGCUAGACAAUCCAAGUUCUCUCAACUUCUCCUUGUCUGUCAGAUGCUCCAAUCAAUCACCUUUGUGGCCCUUCACAGAACUCGCGCUUGUAUGCCCAUGUCUGUUUUGAGCUGGGGAGCCCAAAACUGGACCCAGCACUUGAGCCCGGUCUCAUCAGGUCUGAGCAGAGAGGAAGAAUGGCUUCCCUCAGCCUGCUGGCAAUGCGCUACCUAGUGCAGCCUGGGACACUACUGGGCUGCUUUCCUGCAAGGGUACACACUGCACAGCCUGUACUGGUGCAUGGGGUUAUUCCUCCGCACCUGUGGGACUUUGCACUUUUGUCUGCUGAACUUGAUGAGAUUCUUGUUUCCCUAUUCCUCCAGCCUGCCCAGGUCCCCUUGGAGGCCUCACUGAGGGUCUGCUCUGUCCCAUCACCCAUGGGCAUUAAUGAAAACAUUACAAUGUGGACACCAGUAGAGCAGUUGGGACCGGCAGCACAGGACUAGCUGCCCCUGAUCACAACCACCCUCAGCAGUGCAGCCCUUUUGUAGAAUGUUUUCAGUCUCCAUGCAUUUUGCGAUUUGAGGAAUGUGUACUUUUACAAUGGCCUACGAUACUCUGUUGAUAUUUCUAUUGAUUUUUUUUUAAUAAGCCUCUUUCAUGUCAGACCUUUCAGUGUGAAAGUAAUUUACAGAUUUUUUCAAAGGCAUUUGAUAGGACAAACUCUGCAACUGGCAUCCCCUUUCUUUUUGGCAUUACUUACCAUGGAGUCCACAGGUUCUUUUCACUGAAUGAUUUUAGAAACAAAAGAUUCUUAUGUAGCAGUAUUUUGGCACUUUUCUUAAGAAUAUGCUGUAUAUCAACUUCCAAACCUUAUCACGAUCUACUGUGUAGCUGAUAAUGAUACCAGAUUUUGUAAUGUUUUGGUGAGUACAUUAUUUUUACACUUCUGCUAAACUGUAAGUGGUUACUCUGGAAAUUUGUAUUACCUCUCCUGUAAAUAAUUUGCAGUUGGCAUUCUCAUAUAAUGAUUUUGUAAUAGCCAACACUUACCAAUUUGCAACAAUCAUUCCUGUAACAUACUCUUUUGUACUAAUUUUAAAGCAGUUAAGGGGAAAAGAAAAUGUAAUUGCAUGUGCAGUUCUGGAUUGACUCUCUAGAUGUAUUUUUAUAUUCAGAAACGAGAUAUAUUAAUGCAGUGCAAAAGAAUUCCAACUGUUUCCCUGCCUUUCUGCUGUUUAAAAGAAAUAUUCAUCUUAAUUGUCAUACCUCUCGUGUUUCUAGUAUCUUCUAUUUUAGUCUUAUUUACAGACUGACUGUCUUGGAAUAGUUAGUACCUAAAUUAUUAUUACACUUACAGGAGUAAAAUGUUCUGAGGCUUAUAUGCCAGGUUACCAUGACAUGUGAACUUGUCUGGGGUUUUAUUACUAACUGUUUCUGACUUGGAGGAUUCUUGUUUGUACAACAGAAGUACUACAUCACCAUUGUUGUAAAACUUCAUGUGGAAUGGUGCUGCGGUGGUAAUAAGGAAAUCUUCAGCUCUGAACGAUUAACGUCUUCUCUCGAAUGUGGUUGAUGGUGGCACAGGGAUUUUUAUGCUGUUUUGAAGAAAAUUUCUGGACAGAGGUCCAUUUCUUGGGAUCUGCCAGGUUUGAGGCUGUACUUGUUUAGAUUUUGGGUUGGUUUUUUGUGUGUUUUGGGUUGUGUUUUUUUCUAAGCAUCACCUUUUGGUAUGUAUGUAGAGUUAACUUCAUUGCCUACUGCAUGUCUGUUCACUUGUAUGGCAGCUAUGAGUGCAUCCUAAUUGACUGUUAGUAAUUCGAUUCUUUUGAAGCUUAAACUGAAAACUGCAGUUCUUACUAUGUGGCUAAUCCCUGGUCUUUUCACAUGGACCAGUGUGAUCCAUUGUGAAAUAACUCAGUAUGUGAAAGAAAGGAAAAGGUUAGCAAUCUAAAAAUGACAGCGUGAGGUUUGUGCUUUCUCAGUUGACCUAUUGGAAAAGAAAAAAAAACGUGCUUGCUACAGGCAAGUGAGAAAUGUGAUUGCUUUCUGCAUGUUUCUAAGCAUGGUAAGCCUGCAAAAAGAAAUUUAAAGAUACUGAUAGUUUGAAAAUGCAGUAUAAAUAUUUAUCAGUUAGAUGACAUUGAGCACUGAAUCACGUGGUUGAUUGUGUCCAUGGGCCUCUUUCAAAAGGCCUCAUGUUACCCACACAACCAUGUUGUUGAAUUGUAUAUUUUUAUGGAGCAACUAAUGUUUAAAGUAUUGAGACCAAAAUCACUAGUUAGACCAAUUGUGGGUGUGUUUUAAUUUAAUUGUAAAAUAGUAGAGACUUGGUUUAGAGCUAUAUAUAAAUAUAUCUAUAUUAAAGAAGGGUAUGGGUAUGAGAUAGAAAUACGUGUUUUAAAACUUGUAUCCCUUGUGUUACUGAACAAAGAGGUGUGCUUUGUUAAUCUAAGGAAAUGUUUACUCUAGUGCAGCUAGAGCUGCUAGAUGCAAUGGCAUUUUCUUUCUGAAUUGUAGCAUUUGGAUACAGUUUGUCAACUACUACAUAAUGUAGUGUGGGAGGUGUAUCUGGGCAUAAUGAAUUGUACCUGUAGAGUUUAAUAAAAAGCUUUUUAAGUUGCAACAACAAAAAAAAUCCAAUAAAUAGACAACUCUUUAACAGUCGUCUUUAACACUAUGAAAACCCUGUAAUAUUAAGGAAAGGAUGGAUUAAAAUAUGCCAAGAAACUUGAUCUCUGUAACUACUGAGCAGUGCCUGUACUGUGUUAAUAUGCAGCCCCUACAGACUUGGCAUACGUGGGCAUGCAAACAGAUUAAGAAGAGCUGUCAUUUCUGCAGGUAACUUCUGCAUCUGUUGCUGCUGUGAGGGAUCUUUGGAUUUUAUCAUCAGAAAAAAUAAAAGCUAAAUUUGA